GGGACAGCGCGGGGGCGCGCGCCUCGGGCGUGCACGCGAAGCCGGCUGCCAACUUGGCCCAGACGCCGCUCCCGCGGACGUUGAGGGCGUGGCGCCCCGGCUACAGGCAGUCCGAGCCGCGCCGACGCUGCCCGGCUGCCGCCCUCGGCUUCUCCGCCUGCUGGCUCCCCGGUCCGACCUUCCGACCUCUCACCCGCUCGCCUUCCUGGAGCGGCCGAGCGCACAGGGGUUGGAGGAAGGAACAUGAAACAAACAAAUCUUAUAAAAAAUAGCUUGACUUUAUCAAAUUUUAAAAUCUAGCCAUUCAGAGCUCCCCAACUCUCAACCUCCAAAAGUCCAGGCAAGCAGUAGAUGCCUGGUAGAUCUCUUUGAACUUUGGACACAGAAAAAACCUGCUUAUAGGGGAUAAUGCUAAAGGACACUAUGAAAUCUUGGAAUGAUAGCCAGUCAGAUCUCUGUAGCAGUGACCAAGAGGAGGAAGAGAUGAUUUUUGGUGAAAAUGAAGAUGAUUUGGAAGAGAUGAUGGAUUUAAGUGAUCUGCCUACCUCACUUUUUGCUUGCAGUGUCCAUGAAGCAGUGUUCGAGGUGCAAGAGCAGAAGGUAGGUGUACGUCCUGCUGUUACCUGCGUGAAUGUGUGUGGAUUCAAGGAAAGAGAUUGCUGCCCGUUCGCUAAGUUUGUUACUGGUCCAUGACAAGAGCGGAAAGCG